UCAUUAGAGAGGAAUUGUAAUGAGGAGGCAAGAUAGACCAGGUUUCUCUGGGGAAAGAUGUAGAUAACCUGUGUCUGGGUUGUUCUACUUUGGGGAAAAAGGAAGAAAAAAUCUCUGAGCCCUGGAAGCCCCUGCUCAGAUUCAAGCUCCUAUCCUACCAAAAACUCUUUCCUAAGACCAACAACUUCUCUGUAGUACCAUUGGGGAGGGGAAGAGAAGAGGGUCGGGAGACUGGGUUCUCCUAUCCUCCCCCUCCCUAUGACUAGGGGAGAAUCCUGACCACAACAAUGAAAGUCAUAAUUCUCUUCAUUCUCUUUGUGGCUUCAUUUUCCUCUGGUCACAGAACUAAGCAAGAUGAAAGUUUUGAGAACCAUUUCAAGUCCUGUGAAGCCCAGCAACAAUGUCUACCAACAGCUGCUCACUGUUAUUUAGGAGACAUCAAAGUGAUGCUGGGAAAUUCCAUAAGGAGGAUUAAGAAGGGAAAAGAGCCACUUCUUAACUCUAGUCAGAUUAUUCAAUGCUAUAACUUCAGCACAGAUUUUUCCAGGCUCAUCCUGUGGUCUAAGCCUGAAGUCCUCUAUGAUGUUCAGUCCAUGUCCCUAUCUACUCAAAGUGUCCCUACUGGCACCAAACAUACUAUAUCUAAUGGUGGUAAACAACGCGGGCUAAAUUUUAAAGUCCCUCUGAUUGGAGAGAAAAAAUGUCAGAAAUUGGAACUAGGGAAAGUCAACCAGAAUAGGAAAUACAUGAAAUUCUUUAAAUCAUUCAGGAAAUUUUGCUUGGAAACCUGGAAGUGGUAUUGGCUGCUGUCAUCUGCAUUGACAAGAUUCAGAGCAAGAAAAAUUAGGCGUUUCCUGGGGGCUAAUAUCAGCGACAUUUACCACUAUAUCCUCUCAAUCCAAAAAAUUUUAACAGGAUGAAUUGCCUCUAUUGCCUCUGGAGCCUUGUUGCUGUUGGAAACCAAAAUCAAUGUGAUACUGAAUUAUAUUAAAAGGCAUAUCACAUUCAAGAGCACAGAAACAA